AGUCUUGCACAGGUGUACCGGCUCCUCCCCUUCAGUCUUGCACAGGUGUACCGGCUCCUCCCCUUCAUUCUUGCACAGGUGUACCGGCUCCUCCCCUCCAGUCUCGCUCGGGUGUACCGACUCCUCCCCUGCAGUCUCGCACAGGUGUCCCGACUCCUCCCCUUCAGUCUCGCACAGGUGUCCCGACUCCUCCCCUUCAGUCUCGCACAGGUGUCCCGACUCCUCCCCUUCAGUCUCGCACAGGUGUCCCGACUCCUCCCCUUCAGUCUCGCACAGGUGUCCCGACUCCUCCCCUUAAGUCUCGCACAGGUGUACCGACUCCUCCCUUUCAGUCUCGCACCGGUGUCCCGACUCCUCCCCUUCAGUCUCGCACAGGUGUCCCCGGCUCCUCCCCUGCAGUCUCGCACAGGUGUCCCGGCUCCUCCCCUGCAGUCUCGCACAGGUGUACCGGCUCCUCCCCUUCAGUCUCGCACAGGUGUCCCGGCUCCUCCCCUUCAGUCUCGCACAGGUGUCCCGGCUCCUCCCCUUCAGUCUCGCACAGGUGUCCCGGCUCCUCCCCUGCAGUCU